AUGAUGGGCAAGAGGCUUACCGCUGCCAGUAUGAGCAACCGCAACACCAACCGUUACUCUGUCACUGCACUCUAUUCCAUGGCGGCAGAGCAGGACGUCGAAGUCGAGGAUGACCUUGCUCGCGCACAGAAGCGAUUACGAGAACUCAAGGGUCGCAUCUCGGCUCAGUCCAAGAAGAACUUCGUCCUUGAACGUGAUGUCCGAUACCUUGACAGCCGUAUUGCCCUUCUCAUCGCCAAUCGCAUGGCUCUCGACGAGCAAAGCGAAGUCGCAUCUACACUCGAGGAGACUGACUCUACCGCCAUCGGCACCACACUGGACGACCGCAAAAUGCAACAGUACGGCAACCUCUUCUUCCUCCUUCAAUCCGAGCCAAGGCAUAUCGCAGCGCUCUGUCGUCUCGUCAGUCUGGCAGAGAUCGACACUCUCCUUCAGACCGUCAUGUUCACCCUCUACGGUAACCAGUACGAAAGUCGCGAAGAGCAUCUCCUCCUUACCAUGUUCCAGUCCGUCCUUUCCGCCCAGUUCGAGACCGCCACUGAGUUUGGUUCACUGCUCCGUGCCAACACACCGGUAUCACGCAUGAUGACCACAUACACUCGACGCGGUCCCGGUCAAUCUUAUCUCAAGAGCGUCCUUGCCGAACGCAUCAACAGCCUCAUCGAGCACAAGGACCUCAACUUGGAGGUUAACCCGCUCAAAGUGUACGAGCAGAUGAUCAAUCAGAUCGAGGAGGACACCGGAAGCUUGCCCGCAAACCUUCCGCGUGGUGUCCCAGCCGAGGUCGCAGCUGAAAACGCCGACGUUCAGGCCAUCAUCGCUCCCAGGCUAACCAUGCUCAUGGAGAUUGCGAACAGUUUCCUCCUCACCAUCAUCAACUCCAUCGAUGAGGUGCCCUAUGGUAUCCGAUGGAUUUGCAAGCAGAUUCGCAGUCUCACCAAGCGCAAGUACCCUGAUGCCACCGAUUUCGCCAUUUGCUCUCUCAUUGGCGGUUUCUUCUUCCUCCGUUUCAUCAACCCUGCCAUCGUGACACCACAAGCCUACAUGCUCGUCGACGGCCCACCGGCUAAGCACCCCCGCCGUACGCUUACGCUCAUCGCAAAGAUGCUUCAGAAUCUUGCCAACAAGCCCUCGUACGCCAAGGAGCAAUACAUGAUGUCUCUCAACCCCUUCGUUGAGAACAACAAGACCCGCAUGAACGCUUUCCUCAAUGCGCUCUGCGAUGUCGGAGACUUCUACGAGACUCUCGAGAUGGACCAGUACAUGGCGCUCUCCAAGAAGGACCUGCAGAUCCAGAUCACUCUCAAUGAGCUGUACAACACCCAUUCGCUCGUAGCUCAGCACCUCGACAUCCUCGCACCGAACGACAAGCACCACCUUCGCAUCCUCAUUGACGAGCUAGGAGGCUCUCCGGGUCAGGUGCCCCGCAAAGAGAACCGCACCCUCGACCUUCCGCUCUUCUCACGAUGGGAGACGCCCAUUCAAGACCUCACAACGGCCUUCAUGUCUGAGAACAAUGUCACGCAGAACGACAUCUUGUACAUGGAGACCAAGUCGAUCUUUGUCCAGCUUCUACGAUCCAUUCCAGCACUCGCCGAGAAGCGACCCAUCAACCUUCCGCAGAUCGCAGAAAAGGCUGCCACAACCAAAGAUGCCACGCUGGUCCGUAAGGGUAUCAAGGUCAAAGAGAUGCUCCGCGAACUCGAGGAGCUCAAGGUCGUCGACCGAAGGGAUGGCUACAGUCUCAUGACGGAUGAAGUCGCAACAGAGUUGACGCAUCUCGGCAACAUGCGCGAGAAGGUCAUGCAAGAGAUGCGCAGCUUGGAGGCUGUCUACAAAACCAUUUGCGAGCACAACAACUACAUGCGCAGCCAGCUCGACACCUACAAGAGCUACCUGCAGAAUGUACGAAUGACCAGUGGCAGUGCCAAGGACAAGAGCGCCGGUGGUGUUGGUGUCAUCUCGGUUGGAGGCAAGGAGAAGAAGACUCCCAAGUCCCAAGCACUCGGUCCUUACCGCUUCACACACGCCCAGAUGGAGAAGGACGGCAUCAUUGUUGAAAGCAACGUGCCCGAGAACCGACGUGCCAACAUCUUCUUUAACAUCACUUCGCCUUCGCCAGGUACCUUCAUCAUCGCGCUCCAUUACAAGGGUCGUGAGAAGGCCAUUUUGGAGAUGGACCUCAAGCUUGACGAUUUGCUCGAAAAGCAGAAGGACGAUGUCCAGCUUCUCGAUCUCGAAUACGUGCAGCUCAACGUCUCUAAAAUUCUUCAGUUGCUCAACAAGACCUUCACCAAGCGACGAUGA